UGAGGCGAGGGGGAUCGAGCAGCUGUUCGCGGACGUACGGGGGGGGGGAGAUCCGUACCGCGCUUUGUGCGUCACGACACCGGACGGAACCGAAAGGGAUUUAUAACGGGUCCGCGCGCGCUCGCGUUGCUCCAGGAGGAUAAUUUAGACGAAAAUAUGAGUCAGUGACGCAGUCUGAAGGUGUAUUUACAGCUUACCGGCGUUAAAUAAGUAUGUUAUUUACGGUGCGCAGAGGGUUGUGAGUUCGCGUCCCCUUGACUCUGAGACAUUAGUACACCUAUAAACGUUUUUUUAUUUUAUUUUAUUCAUUCAGACACACCAAGUUACACGAGGUCACGUCGCGGGUCCUGGAGCCCUAAUGGUUCUGCAGCCCGGUGUUGUGUUCGAACCCUCGACAUCAUGGACACGGUUCUGUUACAGCGGGGCUGACCGCAAACUUUGCGUAGACAUUUGGAUUCCCCGUGACGUACUUUAAAAAAAAUCCUUUUAUGUUUUAACUCGAUACGGAAAAGUUGAGUAAUGGUCAUUAACAGCAUCCACUGGUUCCGGAAGGGCUUGCGACUCCACGACAACCCGUCGCUCGGUGCCUCUCUGCUGGGGGCGGACACCGUCCGCUGCGUCUACAUCCUCGACCCCUGGUUCGCGGGGUCCUCCAACGUGGGCAUCCACAGGUGGAGGUUCUCCAGGGGUCAGUCGCCUCUCACCUACAAGAGGUUCCAGACCCUCAUCGGCCGCAUGGAUUCGGUGGAGGUGCCGGCGGAGUCCGUCGGGGCCGACGUCAUGGGGAAGUGCCGGACGCCGAUGUCCGAGGACCACGACGGCAAGUUCGGCGUCCCCUCCUUGGAGGAGCUGGGUUUCGACACUGAAGGUCUGUCCUCAGCUGUGUGGCCCGGGGGGGGGGAGACCGAAGCCCUUGCGCGGCUCGAGAGGCAUUUGGAGAGGAAGGCGUCGGUGGCCAACUUCGAGCGUCCCAGAAUGAACGCCAACUCGCUGCUCGCCAGCCCAACGGGCCUCAGCCCGUACCUGCGCUUCGGCUGCCUCUCCUGUCGCCUCUUCUACUUCAAACUCACCGACCUCUACAGGAAGGUGAAGAAGAACAGCCCCCUCCCCCUCUCGCUCUACGGCCAGCUGCUGUGGCGCGAGUUCUACUACACGGCGGCCACCAACAACCCCUGCUUCGACAAGAUGGAGAGCAGCCCCGUCUGCGUUCAGAUCCCGUGGGACCGCAACCCCGAGGCGCUGGCCAAGUGGGCGGAGGGCCGGAACGGCUUCCCCUGGAUCGACGCCAUCAUGACGCAGCUGAGGCUGGAGGGCUGGAUCCACCACCUGGCCAGGCACGCCGUGGCCUGUUUCCUGACCCGAGGGGACCUGUGGAUCGGAUGGGAGGAAGGCAUGAAGGUAUACGAGGAGCUCCUGCUGGAUGCAGACUGGAGUGUGAACGCAGGCAGCUGGAUGUGGCUCUCCUGCAGCUCUUUCUUCCAGCAGUUCUUCCACUGCUACUGCCCCGUGGGCUUCGGCCGACGCACCGACCCCAACGGGGAUUACAUUCGGCGCUACCUGCCCAUUCUGAGCGGCUUUCCGGCCAAGUACAUCCACGAGCCCUGGAGCGCUCCGGAGAGCGUGCAGGCGGCGGCCAGCUGCGUCAUCGGGGUGCACUACCCCCAGCCCAUGGUGAACCAGGCGGGCGGCAGUCGUCUCAACAUCGAGCGGAUGAAGCAGAUCUACCAGCAGCUCUCCUGCUGCAGAGGGUUCGGCCUUCUGGUUUCGGUUCCUACCACGUGCCACGGUGCCGGUAAGACAUCGUCAGACGGGGCGGGGUUCCCCGUCGAGGCGACGCUCUGCGCCGCAGCUCUGUCCGGUAGGUGGAACACCACCCGCAGCGGUUCUUCGCCUCCCCCCAUUGCCUCCGGAGGCGAACUUGUGUCUCCGGAUUCCUUUACACUGUACAUGAAAGCGUCUAAACGAUGUGGUCUGCGUUUGACAGGUCCGGGACUCCACCGCAUCUCUCCGUCCGUCGGCAAGCGGCGCAGCGAGGACUCCGCCGACGGCAAAAGCUCAAAAGUCCAGAGACGGAGCGCCCACUGGGAGGAGCGUGUGCAGCCGGCACUGAAUGGACUAUAAGGUUUAAACAGUCACAGCAGCACACGGCUGCAUGGGCACCAAUACAAGCCUCAUUACACACACACACACAGACACACACUGUAUGUGAUCACCGCCUCACUGGAGCGGCAUUUUUCACUGGGCUUAUCGUUGGGUUAAUAUUCAUGGGACCAAAAAUCUCCAUAUGUGUGUAUAUCAGGAAUUGGUUCAAUUCAUUAAAUUACAUGUCAUUUAGCUGACGCUUUUAUCCCGUUUACUUUGUGUAGCCACAGAACCACUGAUAUAUUUUUGAUAUGAGAAAUCCUUGUGGAUGGUUUUGUUUGUUAUUUUGUGGACACUUUUCAAUAAAACGAAAACAUUUGUAGUCAAUUGAAUAACGAGAUAAAUCUUGUAUCUUUUCUGCCUCUUAUUUAUUCUACUUUAGCUUUUUCUCCUUUUUGAGCCCUCUAAGAUACAUCAUUCCUUUUGUUGACCUCGGUACGAGCUAUAGAGGCAACAUUUGUAUUAGGUUAGAGAUUACGAUGAGGAAUGUACCACUUGAGAGAAAUCUCUUCUUUACGUCUUCUCAAUUUGCUUGUUUUAUUAAAAGUGGGUAUGAAUAUACAAAGGGUUUCACUUGUAUUAUUUUAAGAUGUGUUUUCUUCUAAGACGUAUCACUCAGUGGGGAUCAAUAGCUGUUUGAUACCAGGGAAAUCAAUUAAAACAAGACAUGUAGACGUGGCAUUUAUUGUUCAUAAAAAGCACAACCAUGUUAUGAAUUAGACGUGGUGAAACUGAAUGGUGAGGAGGUGGGAUCAAGUGU